GAUGACUCAAGAAAUUCAGUGGCUUGUUGGUGUGACGCCAUGGCAAGCUCUUGUGGAGAUUUCAUUGAUCCUUGUCAAUCAGAUCAGAUAAUGAACUUAUCAAUCACCCCACCACACGAGAAGAAAAAAAGUCGCUGCGGCUUCAUGGGGGUCGUCACUUCAUCCACUGCGUCCCCGCCGACAUGUCGAUUAUUACGCCUCUCCGUAUAGUAACGGGAUGAGAAAGAAACCCUGUUUUCUCUUGGGUUGCAACGCUGUUACAUGGCGCGGUGGAGAGGCGCAGUCCUUUUUACUUUCAUCGAACCAUCUGUUACUACGCGGAUGAAUCCUUUACCAUAGCUCUGGCUACCACAUCGCGCUCUGUUGCAUGAGUUCAUGCGAACGUGUAUUUCCCCUGAUCAAAAAAGCAGCCUCACUCACAACCGCCUUGGCAGAGCAACCUCUCACCGAAGCCACCCAUCUCCCGCUCCCUUCUUCUUGCUUCUUUGCCCACACUAGUUCC